AUGAGUGUUUUACCACCAGAUGUAAAUAGUGCUUUAACUCACUUACUCGAGAAUUUAUUGUCAUCCACUACAACUUCCAGAAUAAAUGCGGAAAAAUCCUUGGAUCAAGACUGGUCUAGUAAACAAAACGCUGAAUUAUUGUUAAUAUUUUUAGCAGAACAAGCAGUAAAUGGAUCCAAUGACACCAUAAAAGCAUUUUCAGCAGUUUUAUUCAGAAGAAUAGCUAUAAAGUCACCAAAAGAAUUAUCGAGUGUAACUGAUAGAACCAUUGGAGUCAUGAGUGAGCCAGCAAAACAACAAAUUAGAUCUAUUUUACUCCAUGGAUUCUCAGCUCAACAAUCAAAUCAAGUAAGACAUAAAUUAUCAGAUGCCAUAUCUGAAGUAAGUAAGGAAGAUGUAUCUCCACAGGGUACUUGGAAUGAAUUGAUCCCAGCAUUAUUUGAAGCUGCCAAGAAUCCAGAUCCAAGUUUUCGUGAAUCAGCAUUCAGAGUAUUUUCGGCAUCACCAGAAUUAAUUGAUCAAUCUUAUAUAAAUGACGUCUUACCCAUUUAUAACGCAGGAUUUGAGGACGAAAAUGAUGAAGUUCGUAUUGCUGCCUGUACCGCAUUUGUUGCAUUUUUCAAAGGAUUACCAAAAAAGGUUUGGCCAAGUUUAUCACCAUUAUUACCAUACUUAUUAAAUUCUUUGCCAAGAUUCUUACAAAAUGGCCAAGACUCAGCAUUAGCUUCCGUGUUUGAGUCAUUGAUUGAAUUAGUUGAAUUGGCUCCUAAGAUGUUUAAAGAUAUGUUUCCAACAAUAAUUGAAUUUAGCUCAGCAGUGUGUAAAAAUAAUGAACUAGAAUCAGCUACAAGAAUGGGAUCGUUAGAGUUACUUACAACAUUUGCUGAAGUCUCACCAGCUAUGUGUAAGAGAACUCCAUCAUAUACAGAAGAAAUUGUACUAAUAAAUUUAUCAAUGUUAACAGAAGUUUGUCCAGAUGACGAUGAUGCAGCAGAAUGGAAUAAUAAUGAUGAUACUGAAGAAGAUGAUGAGGAACCGGAAUAUGACGCGGCUAGACAAUCAUUAGAUAGAGUAAGUUUACGUUUGAAUGGUCAAUCGAUGGCUGGGCCAUUAUUUCAAUAUUUACCUGCUAUGACUCAAUCAGCCAAUUGGAGAGAACGUCAAGCUGCAUUAAUGGCGUUGUCUUCAGCAGCAGAAGGUUGUUCAGACGUAUUAAUGAAUGAAAUACCAAGAAUCUUGGAUAUGGUUUUACCCACAUUAAAUGAUGAUCAUUCAAGAGUUCAAUAUGCUUGUUGUAAUGCUUUGGGUCAAAUGUCAACAGAUUUUGCUGAUGUGAUACAAAGAACUUCUGGCGAUAGAGUUUUACCUGCAUUAAUUCUGAAAUUGACCAACAAGUCUGUACCGAGGGUUCAAGCACAUGCAGCAGCUGCUUUAGUUAAUUUCUCAGAAGCUGCUUCAAAAGAGAUUUUGGAACCAUAUUUGGACGAUUUAUUGAACAACUUGUUAGUAUUGUUACAAUCACCUAAAAGAUAUGUUCAAGAACAGGUCUUGACAACAAUUGCUAUAAUAGCCGACGCUGCACAAAAGACAUUUGUUAAAUAUUAUGAUACAUUAAUGCCUUUAUUAACCGAUGUUUUAAAAACAGAUAUGGGAGAUGAAAAUAGAUUAUUGAAAGCUAAAUGUAUCGAAUGUUCAACCUUGAUUGCUUUAGCCGUUGGAAAAGAAAAAUUUGAACCUCAUAGUCAUGAUUUAAUACAACUUUUUGGACAUAUUCAACAAACAGCUACAAAUGAUGAUGAUCCUGUCAAACAAUAUUUGGAACAAGCAUGGGGAAGACUUUGUCGAAUCUUAGGCAAAGAUUUCUUACCAUAUGUUCCAUCAGUUUUACCACCUUUAAUGAUUACUGCUAAAGCAUCUCAAGAUAUCUCUUUAUUGGAAGAAGAUGAAGCUGAGGAAUAUAAUAACAAUGAUGAGUGGGAUGUCAUUAACUUGUCAGGAAAAUGGAUUGCAGUUCAUACUGCAGCAUUGGACGAUAAAGUUACAGCCAUAGAUUUAUUAAGAACGUAUGCUAUGCAAUUGAAAGAAGAUUUUUAUCCCUGGGUGAAGGAAAUAGCCGAAGACAUUGCAUUACCUGGCUUAGAUUUUUAUUUACAUGACGGUGUACGUGGAUCUGCUGCCUUAACUUUAGCUUCUCUAUUGAAGUGUCUUGUUGCCUCAACUGGAAAUGAUUCACAAGAAACGUUGCUACUUUGGUCAAAAAUUUGUGAUAAAUUAUCAGAAGUAUUAAAGUCAGAACCAGUUACAGAAUUAUUAGUUGCAUAUUAUACUGCAUUGGUUGAAUCAAUUGGUGCAUUAGCUCCAAAUUCCAUCUCAGCUCCACAAGUACAAGCUUUAUCCAAAUCCAUCAAUGCAAAUUUAAUCGAAAUAUAUGAAAGAAUUAAAGCUAGAGAUAAUGAAGAUGAUGAAUAUACUGAGGAUGUUGAAGAAGAUGAAGAAGAAUACACAGACGAGGAAUUAUUGGAUGAGAUUAACAAAGCUGUAUCAUCAAUAUUCAAAAAUACCAAAACUAUAGCAUUAGAAAAUUUCCAAGCUAUUAUUCCUACCAUUUCAACUUUCAUUAAUGAAGAAAACUCUUCAUUGAAACUUUGUGGGUUAUGUAUAGUUUGUGAUAUACUAGAACAUGGUGGACCAAACUCGGUUAUUUAUAAAGAAACAUUUGUUGCAGUUUUAGCAAAUUCUUUAAUAUCGUCCCAUGCAGGAGUUCGUCAGGCUUCAUCAUAUGCCGUUGGAGUUGCAGCACAGUUUGGUGGAGAAGACUAUGGAGAAUUUUGUGUUGCUUGUCUUGAACCAAUGUUCAAAAUGGCGUCUGUUCCAGAUGCAAGAGCUGAUGAAAACGUUCAUGCAACUGAAAAUGCAGUUGGAGCAAUUGCAAAAAUUUUCCAUUCAUAUUCAUCGAAGAUCCCUAAUAUGGAUGCAUUGCUAGAACAAUGGAUAAAUCUUUUACCAGUUGUACAAGAUGAUAAUGUUGCUCCAUUCACGUAUGUCUUCCUUUGUACUUUAAUUGAAAAUAAUCACCCAGCUGUUUCAAAACAUGUUCCAAAGGUGGUAGAUUCCGUUAUACAAGCUUUAGCUCAUGCCGCUAUAGGUGGACAAACUGCAAAUAGAGUUGCAGCAUCUACUAGACAAUUAUUAGGUUCAAUUUCUCAUGAUGAAGCUAUAGCUAUUUUACAAAAGAACCCGUCAGAUAUGGACAUUGUUCAAAAAUAUUUUAGUUAA